CAGGUGGGGAAACCUACAGCUGUGAUCAGAAAGCCCUAUGAAGGCAAAGUCAUUGCUGUAUGAACAACUGACCUAGAACAUGGCACUUGGAAUCUCCAGCUGUGUUUCUCCAGUACAACGCAGAAGCUACCAAAUUCAACACAAAUGAAUGCUGUUUCCCACUGAUAAACCUGCUGUUAGUUGUUUCUGCAUUUUUUAACAUUCUAAUUUUUAAAAUUCUAAAAUUUUUCAGCAAGUCAUACAUAAAGGUGGUUGUGUUGGUCUUUAGGUCAACUGUGAAGGUCAACACUGAGGUCAGUGCUCUGUCUGCAGAUAAUAUCUUUGUUACAUUUGUUCAGCUGUGUGAGGUUUCCAGUUCAGCUCUGCUUAGCACGCAGGGCAGUAGAACCCAGUAUACUGCUGAAAAUUAUAUGUGCUCUGACAUACAUUACACAAUCUAGUAAUUCAGUGUAAAGAAUAAAAAUAGGGCUUUUACUGGGCAUUUUAAUUUAAUUUUCAACCCUUUUUUUCCAAUACUUUUGUUGCCAUUGGUAAUUAAACUGAUGUUUUUCACCCAAAA